CGGGAGGCGGAGAGGGAGGCAGAGCCGAGCCUGCCGGGGGGGACUGAGACCCGCGGACGGGGGGGAGGGGCGGCCACUCACAGCCUGACAGGGGGACCCCAGGCCUUGACUGACAGACACCGAGGCGCAGACCAGGCCCACAAGGGACCGAGCCACAGAGAGGCACCUGCCACCGCCAGGAGGGGACGCCGGUCACGAGGGGGCCAACUCGUCUGUCCGUUGCCAGGAGAAGCCCAGCGCCCGUCUUGCAGGCCGGCCUUCCGCGUGGCCACUGGGACGAAGCAUCGCACGUGGCGAGAGUGCGUGGGAGCCAGGGGGCAGCGAGGCGGCUUGAGGACUCCGUGCACAGGGCUCUUCCGAUUCCCUUGGCCCGAAGGGAAAGCAAAAGAUGACGGAGAAUUCUGCCUCGGCUCCUGCGGCCAAGCCCAAACGGGCCAAGGCGGCCAAGAAGUCAACAGACCACCCCAAGUACUCUGACAUGAUAGUGGCCGCCAUCCAGGCUGAAAAGAGCCGGGCCGGCUCCUCUCGCCAGUCCAUCCAGAAAUACAUUAAGAGCCACUACAAAGUGGGGGAGAACGCUGACUUCCAAAUCAAGUUGGCCAUCAGGAGGCUGGUCACCACUGGUGUCCUCAAGCAGACCAAAGGGGUCGGCGCGUCUGGUUCUUUCCGCCUGGCCAAGGCCGAUGAACCCAAGAAGCCACCUCCAGCCAAGAAAGCCAAGAAGGAAGUCAAGAAGGCCACGACGCCCAGGAAAACAGCUAAACCCAAGAAAGCUGCCACCAAGUCCUCAGCCAAGAAGCCCAAAGCUGCCGCCAAGAAAGCCAAAAAGAAGCCAGCGGCUGCUCCAAAGAAAGCCAAGAAGCCAAAAACUGUCAAGGCCAAGCCAGUGAAGGCACUGAAGCCCAAAAAGGCAAAGCCAUCAAAACCCAAAGCAAAGUCCAGUGCGAAGAAAUCAGCCAAGAAGAAGUGAAGUGCAAGUCUGGGAUCUUUCUUGGACAUUCUUCUUCACCUCUACUUCUGUAAAUAGUUUUCUUCUUUAUUCUCUUCUCUCUUUCUAUUGCAACUUUAUAAAAGACUGGACUGUUAUUUCCCUGAAAUAGUUAAAAUAAUUCAAUUACUAAAAAAAACAACAACGCAGUGCUGAGACUUGUCUUACAAGUGUUAUUGGUUUGUUUUUUCUUCUGUUGUAAUCUUAGAGCUCUCUAUUUUUUUUAAUGUAUGAAAUACUUAUUUGUGUUUUGGGAGCAGGGGGGAAUCCAUGUUGGAUAAAAGGGAAUUGAGUUCCCCAGUCUCCUACCAGCUCUAGGGUAUCAUACAGGUAAAUUGGCUGUGCAUGGAACUUGCCCAUGCCAGAGUGUGGGGACAAAGACCUCUAAAUGAAGGGGGUCUGAGAAAAAUAACUGUGCUGGAAGAUCUUGAUCACAUGGGAUUAAUUGCUGUAGCAUAAAUUACAUUUUCUUUAACCUCAGUCUGAUGGUUCAGCAUUUCCCAUAUAUAUAUAUAUAUAUAUAUAUAUAUAUAUAUACACACACACACACACACUAAUGACAGGGAGACCAGCUCAUGAUGCAUGUGAUGUGUCUUCCCCACCCCAGUGAGAGGAAUGGGCUGGAGUUGGUAAUCUGUCCACCUACUUUGCUCUUGUGGGAGGAGGUUGCCUUUUAACUGAGAGGCUUUAAAACGGGGAUCAGUGGAGAUUUCCUGGUGGGAUUUGCAAAGUGGAUUUUUCCUCAAAAAGGCUGGAUUUGCAGAAAAUCAUGGUUGAUGGAAUUGAAGUGGAAACGGGGGUGAGGUCUAAUUCCCCCACCCCCUCAAAAGAAAUGAGAGAAAAAAGAGGUUCUGCUUCCAACUGCAUGAGAAGCAUCAUCCUAAUCCCUCUAGAAUCUGUAAUAUCUUGUGGGUUAAGAGAAGGGGUUAAGAAAACCAUCUCUUCACCACUGACUGUAAUGCAGGGUUCUCUGAGUGCUUUCCAACUCUGCAGCGCCCACUUCCUGAUCCAUAGCUUUGGUAUGUAGCCAUACAUCUACAAUAGAAAGGGCACAAGACCAACAGUUUCUUUAGGUGUGGAUUUUUUUGAUUGGGGGGGGGGAGUGGGGAAAAAAAGAAAUGUAACCGAUACUGAAUCUGUCAAAAGUUGCUUUAUGGAACUGGAGCUGUGUACUGUUAUUGCUUAAGGUUGUGGGGGUGGGGGGAGGGGUGGUUGGGAGGGCAGUGUGGAGGGGAUAUUUCCAAUAUUCCAGUAAAAACAAAAAAGUAUAUUUGGUGGGUUUGCUGUUUAAAACCAAGUGAAAAUCUCAUAGGAUUGACGCUUGUUCAUUUUAUUUUGUAAAUGUAAUUUGUGUAGGAAAUAAUUUGCUGUCUUUGUAAUUUUAGAGUUUAAAACAACAACAGCAAAUAAACAAAUAGAGGAAGGUUGAAAUUUCCCUCA